ACAUUUAAAAAUAGAAAUCCCAUGCUUCUUAAAUCAUACAUCAGGCCUACUCCAUUCUGCCACCGUCUCGCAUCUCGCAUCGUACACUACCAUAUCUAUACAGCCAUACAGGUGCUCUCCCACAAGCUUCGCCCACCUCCUGACCUCCCAGCCCAAGCGCGCGCCGGCCGGCCUGCUGCCAAGACCGAAGGCAUGGACCGCACCUACAAGGGCGGCAUCAAGGCGUACUGGAAGCGCCGGGGCUACUACCGCGUCGACGCCGCCGCCGCGCAGCGCCGCCCGCCGCUCCCGACCGCGGAGCUCGGAGGUGGCGUCGCCCAGCCGCCGCCGAAGCCGGAGGACGGCGGCUCCGGCCGGCGCCGGCGCCGCGGGUGGCGCGUGCGCCGCGGCCAGCUGGGCCGGCGCCUGCUCCGCGCGCUCUCGCCGCGCCGAUGGCUCGUGCGGCUCCGCGACGCGUACGUGUCGGCCAUGCUGCGGCUGGCCUCCUCCCCCGCCGCCGGGUGCGGCGCCGGCGCGCCCUACUGCGCGUCGACGCCCCACGUCGCCGCCUUCGCGCGGCCGCCGCAGCUCAAGGAGUACGACGAAAAAGUGCUGGUCGAGAUCUACAGGUCCAUACUCGCGCGCGGCGGGCCCCUCCCGCUCGCCGUCCCCGGCGACGGCGCCGGCGCCGUCGGUGCGCCUGCCGCCGCCACCCUACGGCUACCCACGGCUGUUUGAGCGGCACAUAAAGAUGUACCCUUCGUGCGGCAGUCACUUGGUAUUUUGGAGGAUCCAAUUCCUGCAAGAAAAAUUCAGACCACUAAUAAAAGAAUGCUUUGCUUUCAUUAUUCUUUUGUUCCUAUGGAGUGAGGUAGGAAAUGAGUUUUUGGAAGAAAAUAAACUGCCUAAGGUUGGGCGGCCAACUGACUAGCCCAGCCCGAUGGCACCCCCACUCGAGGUCGCUGGUUCGAUUCUCUAACAAUUCCAUAUUGAUCCGAAUCAAUCCGUAUGCUCCCAUCUUUAAUAGAAUUCCGGCUAAAAGCAUACAUGUACUGUAAUGCGCUUCCCCAUGGGUAUCUGGUAGCCACGUAUGUAGAGGUAUAAUCGGCAAUUUGACAGCAUAAGCAAUAAGGAAGCCAAAAUACAGUAGUAUUUCCAAUGUUGCAGGGUAUGAUUGAUUAAUCAAUCUUUCCAAAUCUAAUCCAGGUUCAUUGGAACCAUAUAACCCCGUACCCAGAACUCCAAUUAAGAAAAAAA